CGCAUAUUCUGUCAGUAACGUCAAUUACCUCAGAUAAAUAACUCUAUGUAUGAAACAUAUCUCUGAAAGAAACUGUACAGUGUGCUGACUUGCUGAAAGAAAGAAAGAAAGAAAGAAGAUUAGUUUUGCCUCAAUUUGAGAUUAAACAACAAAAAUGCUGAGCUAACGUUAGCGUGUCAACUGUUAGCAGGAUUGUCAAGUUUUUACAACAAAACCUCCCAACACGUUCCCCAUUAAAAAUCGCGUUCCUGGGAGGUAGAAUGCCCUUUUUUGGGGGGCUGGGUUUCCCUUGGUAAACUUAGCUUUCCAGGGGCUAAAUAUUGCGCUAUUGUGUUCGCUUCAACGCGUCAACAGUGUCAAAGUAGACCAGUUACGUCGGAAAACCGCGGACUUGGCAACACUGCUGUGAGGCUCGCGUGCCACUGUUUCCAGUGAACAUGCUCUUAUCUGACAGAAACACCUUAAUCAACAAUAGGCGGAGUAAAUGGCUAGGGGCAACCCACUCCAUCACUAGAUUAAAAUGACGCGAUAAAUGGCGACGCUUCCGUAAUUUGCGUGAGAACUAUGCUAUCGUGAACUUUCGUUAACUUUUGCCGAGUUAUUUCGUGAGCUUCACCGAAACUAUUGACCCAGUGAGCUGAUUGACAGCUCUCGGUCCAAUCAAAACAGACACACAUGCCUGGUAUCAUCCAAUCAGAUCUCGUCUUGAGCGGAAUGGGCGUUACCUGGAAAGUUAGGAAAUGCAAUUGUUUGUACCCCAGUUGAAGUAGAAGUGAUCUAUCAACGAGGGAAGUAGAUAGUUUCUGAACCUUCCGAACAACUAACACACGUUAAAACAAACCAAUGGAAAACAACGAAAGAGACGGAACGGGUGUUAAAUAUUAUCGAUUGUCAGAGGUGGAGGAAAGGAACUCUUUUAAAAGCACAUGGAUCAUCAUUCAUAAUAAAGUGUACGACGUCACGAAGUUUCUCGAAGAGCACCCGGGUGGAGAGGAGGUGCUGCGAGAGCAGGCGGGUGGAGAUGCCACCGAGAGUUUUGAAGAUGUGGGUCACUCCACAGAUGCACGAGAGAUGGCCAGCUCUUUUCUCAUAGGAGAGCUGCAUCCAGACGACCGGGACAAGGUCCCCAAACCACCAGAAUCACUUGUGACAACCGUAGAAGAAACCACAAGCUGGUGGUCAAACUGGUUGAUACCCGCUGUCGCCGCGGUGAUCGUCACCUUGAUGUACCGUUUAUAUAUGGUAGAGGAGGCAUGAUGGGAUGUUUCUCCAGCUCUGCCUACAACUACAUUACCCAUAAUCCAUUUCAGGGUUUCUCCAUUACCAUAAAGAUUCUACUAAUGAAGGCAACUUUUGUGUUCGUUUCAGUGUCUGUUGUCAUGUAUCCCUUGAGAUUUAAAAACUGAUAUAUGCAGAUGUUUUUAUGAUAUAUGAAAGGAUAUUUUAGAUCUAGCAUUAUACAUAUGCAUACUUAAGAUGAAGUUUUGAUUCGUAUAAUUGUGUAAUACUGUACCAUGUAUUCAUUUGAAACAUCCACAGUGAAGCGGGGGAUAUCCUGAAUAUCAUCACAUGCCUGAAGAAAGCAUUUUGUUCCUCAGAGAAAGCAUUUAGUUUCACUUGAAAUGUUGUCCAUCUUCACGUCAUUGGAAGUUGAUUGUACUCGGACCAGAGAGUUCUCACAAAAAAAAAACAAAAAAAAAACAGAAUAAAAUGUAAUGUUUAACAAAAUAACAGGUAAUUAUUUUGUCAUUAAUAUGCUAAUUAUGAUAGAUUUACUGGAUAUUCUGCUAUAUAUAUAUAUAUAUAUAUAUAUAUAUAUAUAUAUAUAUAUAUAUAUAUUUUUUUUUUUUUUCUGACUUUAAUAGUCAGAAAAAAUACUUUCUUCAUUUGUUCUGUGCAAAACAAAUUCGUAUUUUUAUUUUCAAUGUGGGGGAAAAUAUGAAAUAGAAAUGUUUAGAAUGUGUUUUUUACACAACCUGAUCAAAAAUAUCAUCGUGCUUAAUUAGACUAGUAGUCACCACGUUAAUUUCUGAAGUGAAGUGCAACACCGUUAUCAUAUUUUUAUCUGCCGGUUAUACAUUUAUAUUUAAAGGCAUAUCAGUGUACCACGAUGAAAGGUGCUUAUACCCCCCCCCCCCUUUUUUUUAAACAAAAACUGAAUGUAAUAUUCUUGUACAGGUAUGUGAUAUAAGGUCCAAGCAGCUUUCCCAUAGACACAUCCUUCCAGAUGUUUACAGUGUGUUCGGUGCUGCUCCAGCUCCACACUAAUGCUGAAGACUGAGAGAAUGACACAUUGUAACGUUGACUGAAAUGCUCCAGUCAAAUCAUUCAACUUCAUUGUGUCCCAAUAAACAAAUAAACUGAUUAUGUGA